AUGUCGACAGAGUCUCGCGGAAAAUCAGUAACGACAUCAGUGUCUUCUCUGUAUUCAAAGGCGAAGCAGAGAGUUUUGAACAAGUUUGGACGGCGAACGCACUUGACUCGUAACCCGAAAGUAGACUCGCUCAACGAAAUCCAGAGUGGUAUCCGAGCAGACGAAUCGAAGCUAGCGUCUCGCAUUACGUCGUAUCGGCGAUCACUGCGUGACGCUAUCCUUUCAGGUCUGGAGUUACAAACGCUGUACCUGACCAUCUACAAGCGGAACGUCGGUGCGCUCAAGUUUAACGUCGAGCGGAACGAGUACUCGCGAGAGCCGUCUGCGGCGCAAGUAAUCUUCAUCCAAAAGUUGGAGAAAGAGCUUUCUGAAGUGGAGACGGUGCUCAAACGGGAAAUAGACGCGUUCACUGCCCGGUUUAAGGACUACGCCGACCACCCGCUCACCAACAAGACGCUGGAGGAAGCCGAUGAGCUACGGCGGGUGGAGACGCUCAAGGCGGACUACAAGAAGGCGCGAACCCUGUACAGUGACCGUGCCAUUGAGGUCGAGGCGGGUAGCAGCAAUCAAGCAGCUUUAACGGAGGCAUACCAGGAGUAUAUGCGCCAGAGUGACUUGUUAUGUCAGGAAAUGAUCCAGUACCAGGAUCGGGUGGCGCGGGAGGUUGGGAACAAAGUUCGCGGUUUCUUCGAAGCACAGCAUCGAAUUUAUAGCACCCUCAAUGAACAGUAUGACAAACUACUGCCAAUGGCUCGCCAGCUUGAGUCGCUGCCUUUCCAGAAUGGCUUGCCUGGGGUGACUGUGGCGGCGGCUGCACCGAUCGAUGUGGUGAAACAGCACGAAUCGGCUACGCCGAGCAGUGACACCAUGAGUCUCUUUGAUUAA